AUGACGCUACCAUUGUACUCGGCCCUGGUCAUUCCAACUGUCACGUCGUACCCAUCCUUGAAGUGUGUACAGUGGUCCCCAGAUGGUCAAUUAUGCUUCAUUACGAAGAAUUCCGGUAUAAUUUUCACUCCCGACCAUGGCAUAAACUUUGACAACACUUCUGUCAUCAAGGCGACGCCGGGGAAGGAUGUACCAGUCCUUGGUUGGUUCAAGACCAUGAUCCAGCAUGACAAAAUUACACCUACAAGAUGGCCCGAGUAUUCGCAAGCCUGGGGUGCUGUAUCGUUAGGUUCAAUUGACAUGUCCGUCAUAUCAAUGGCAAUUUCGCCCGUUGGUGUUGCGUCAAAUGGUGGAUGCAUUUUCGUGUCUCUUAGCUCCAACAUGGACAUCAAUUUUUGGAUAGCUGGAAAGAAUUACCUCAAGGGAGAAUGGUUUAAUAUUUUCGACCUGACUUCCUUCCUUGUGGAUCACUUUGCAACCAAAGAAAAAGAGGACCUUGCGUCGAUCUUGCAAGCUCAGGCCGCCUGUAUCGAGUGGUCGCCUCGACCUAACUUUGGUUUGGUCCCUGAGCCAUCGAUAGAUGCAUCCUUAUUAAUACUUGGGACUCGAGCUGGCUGUUUAAAUUUUUUAAGGUAUCGGAAGGCUGACAAUCCUGAAAUUGUGGCCACACUUGCAGUCGCUGACAAAUGGAUCACUCAUACCGCGUUCCAAGGUUGGAACACUGUUGUGCAUGGUCAUUGCGAAGGAUAUUUGGCAUACGGUAUAUCCGACGGCUCGGUUGGAUUAGUCAAGAUCAGUCAAAUAUUACAGGAAAACACGACCACCUUCUCUUUCUCGAAGAGCUAUGACAUUCAAGUCAAGUUAGAACAUGAAUCAAGUUUGAUAUAUGGGCCCGAAUCACGGACUGGAAUUACUGCGUUGCAUUGGAUCCAUGUCCCCGGCAGAAGUCCGAUUCUCGUGUCCUCCCACCCAGGUCUUGUUAAUCUUUGGUCCGCCACUUCAGAUAAUGUCCCCACAACCACAGCAUACUGGACCGGCUUCCGCUCGCUUCGCCUACAGACUCAAAAAAUUUCUUCCGACGCGUCUGCUUUGCACCCUGUCACAGGACUCACGUACCUGCGCAAACAAGACAGGCUGGUGGUGACACUGUUCGACGGAUCGUUCCACGUUCUACGCUCAUUCUCGACGGACCCGGUCUGGGCGACGCGCACUGUAGUCGAUACGGGCGGAGAGCAGUUGACGUCGGAUGGACUGUCGAGCGUGUCGCGCGGGAUAUUUGUCAGGAUGGAAAAAGGUGCAGUGGAUAGAAGGGAUAUGGUCCAGGUUAACGGCGCGGUGUCAUAUGAUGACAAUGCCUGCUUUCUGUGGGUGUAUGAGUCGGCUUGUCCCUCUGACUUCAGCUAUAAGCACGAUGCAAAGCAUAGAACCACGCUGAUUGUCACACCGAUGUGGGAGGAUGAAAAUGAUGAGCUUCUGCUGCAAGAUCUCGCCACUCUUCUUAAUACAGUAAAAGCAUCAUCAGGUUAUUCCCCUCUUUACCUGCUUCGACCGUACAUGCUGCACCUCCGUGACCCAGCGAAAUUGCAUAACCUACACUCAAAACUCUUGGAGAUUUUAGCAACGCGACCGUUGGUGGAAGAUUUGUCCAAGACAAUCACGGUGCCUCCUCUGCAGGAAGUCCUCAAUGAUGAUGUCAGAUGCCAAUUUCGGUACUCGGUGUCUACUUCAUUAUUUGGAUGGGACGAUUUACUCUCUUUGAGGAUGAGACUCUCGCUUGCCGACUUUGCAUGGAAAUUGGCUAGCAACGAAGAGCGUCGCACGGAAUGCGGAGUCGUUGCUCAAGAUCUUCUCAACGCCAUCUCUUAUCGCAUCCUGCGCACUAUUAUACGCCAUCUCAUUGCUGCUAUCAAAUCACUUACACCCAAUGAUAUUCCAUUCGUGUCCCGAAUGAUUGUGCAAUCGUUGCUCCAUGGAUGUCCUCCCGAGCUAACUGAAGAAGGAAAUCAACUAUCUGUACUCAUCCAGCCUCUCCUCAACGCACCAUCUUCGUCGGAAUCGGGAACUCCAGAGGGGUUGUCGUCGAAACUGAAUGAAUUGUGUCCUGCUUGUGGUAUGGACGUACCGUUGGAAGAUAUCACGACAGCUGUAUGUGGCAAUGGGCACAGAUGGGCUCGUUGCUCAGUAACGACCUUUAUCUUGUCUACGCCAUGGGUACGGACCUGCGUAGGAUGCAGUCGAAAGGCUUUACUUCCGCCCUCGGCGCAGAAGGAUCUACCAAAAAUUGCACAAGGGUGGGUUGUGGAAGACCUCCUAGAAGCAGUUCAAAGGUGCUUGUUCUGUAAUAAUGGGUUUAUUAGUAUAUUGUAA